CACCUCCCCUCCUUCCUUCAUCAAGACAUCAAGGAGGGACCUGCGCCCUGCUCCGAAUCCUCCCGCCUGCUGCCCGCAGAGCCUGCAGGCCCCGCCCUCCUGGUCUCUGGUCCCUACCUCUCUGCUCUGUCUUCAUGUCGCUGAGGGUCUUGGGCUCUGGAACCUGGCCCUCAGCCCCUAAAAUGUUCCUCCUGCUGACAGCACUUCAAGUCCUGGCUAUAGCCACGACACGGAGCCAAGAGGACGAGAACAAGAUAAUUGGUGGCUAUACGUGCAACCGGAGCUCCCAGCCAUGGCAGGCGGCCCUGCUGGCGGGUCCCAGGCGCCGCUUCCUCUGCGGAGGCGCCCUGCUUUCAGACCAGUGGGUCAUCACUGCUGCCCACUGCGGCCGCCCGAUCCUUCAGGUCGCCCUGGGCAAGCACAACCUGAGGAGGUGGGAGGCCACCCAGCAGGUGCUGCGCGUGGUUCGCCAGGUGACGCACCCCAACUACAACUCCCGGACCCACGACAACGACCUCAUGCUGCUGCGGCUACAGCAACCCGCACGGAUCGGGAGGGCAGUCAGGCCCAUUGAGGUCGCCCAGGCCUGUGCCAGCCCCGGGACCUCCUGCCGAGUGUCAGGCUGGGGAACUAUAUCCAGCCCCAUCGCCAGGUACCCCGCCUCUCUGCAAUGCGUGAACAUCAACAUCUCCCUGGAUGAGGUGUGCCAGAAGGCCUAUCCUAGAGCCAUCACUCCUGGUAUGGUCUGUGCAGGAGUUCCCCAGGGUGGGAAGGACUCUUGUCAGGGUGACUCUGGGGGACCCCUGAUGUGCAGAGGACAGCUCCAGGGCCUCGUGUCUUGGGGAAUGGAGCGCUGCGCCCUACCUGGCUACCCCGGUGUCUACACCAACCUGUGCAAGUACCGAAGCUGGAUUGAGGAAACGAUGCGGGACAAAUGAUGGUCUUCAUGGUGGGAUGGACCUCGUCAGCUGUCCAGGCCCUCCUGUCUCCACUCAGGACCCAGAAGUCCAGGCCCCAGUCCCUCCUACCUCAGACCCAGAAGUCCAGG